GAUGUUUCGUUGAUGUUUCUGUCGGUCUAAACUCGUGAUGAUGCGAGAGUCGGAGAACGCUGCUACUGUAACCACGGCAACGCUUCCACUCGGCCAUCGUGACGUCACUGAGCACCACGACGACACCUGCGCGAACACACACACACACACACACAGAGCGGGGCUGUGGUCAGUCUGAUCGCUGCUCCUCGCAAUAGGUGAUGUCUGCGUAUAAAACCAUGAAACCUGACACAGAGAUGCGCGCUCGGAGCUCCGCCCCUGAAUAACAUCGUCAUCACCAUCAUCAUCAUCAGAGUCGGAGAGGAAUAACUGGAGGGCACGAGAGAGGACGCACGCGGACUGUCAACCUGCUGCACGCGCCACGUUCAUCCGUCACCUGUGAAUACGCAGCUGAGAGCAAGAACAAGUCAGCGAUCGCAGAUGCUCACGGAGUCACACGCACAGACCCUGCACUCUCUCUCUCUCUCUUUCUCUCUCUCUCUCUCUGAUUAUUUUUCUCAGGCUAAUAUGAGGAAGCCUCUGGUGUGCUGAAGGACGUCUGGAUUUACUGUACAAGUAGCAUUCUCAGCAUGUGCUAAGCUCGUCUGUAGCAUAAAGGGAGAGAGCACUGAAGCAGAGAAACAGCCAUGGCCUCUGACAUCCAGAGCCAUCUGAUUGUCUGCGUCCGCCAGCACUCCUGGAAGAAACUCAGGCCUGUGCGGGUGUUUGGCCUUCUCAUUAGUCUCAUAGCAAUAAGUGCAGUGGCCUUCUCAUGGAGGUCUACUGCUCAGUGGGAGGGGCUACAGAGCCACGCCCCACACAGGACACUGCUCUCCACACACCUGAGUUACCACAGUAACCUCUCGGAGGACACACCCCUAGCGAUGCGCUCAUCCGCGGUGUCAAACGAGAGUCAGGGGGACUAUCCGACGGACCUGUUCAGCCUGGAGGACCGUCGGCACGGUGCUGUCGUCUUACACAUGUUCGGCAUGAUCUACAUGUUCAUUGCUCUCGCUAUUGUUUGUGAUGAGUUUUUUGUCCCCGCGCUCACAGUCAUCACAGAGAAACUCAAGAUCUCCGAUGAUGUGGCAGGAGCCACCUUUAUGGCGGCCGGGGGCUCGGCUCCUGAGCUCUUCACCUCUGUCAUCGGCGUAUUCAUUUCCCACAGUAACGUGGGCAUCGGGACCAUCGUCGGGUCUGCUGUGUUCAACAUCUUGUUCGUCAUCGGAAUGUGUGCCGUCUUCUCCAGAGAGAUCCUGAACUUGACGUGGUGGCCUCUGUUCAGGGACGUCUUCUUCUACAUCGUCGGCCUCAUCAUGCUCAUCGUUUUCUUCUUGGAUAACUACAUCAUGUACUGGGAGAGUAUCAGUCUGCUGAUGACCUACGCCACAUAUGUGGUCUUCAUGAAGUUCAAUGGGAAUGUAGAGACUUUUAUCAAGGGCAUCAUUCACAGAAACCAGGUGGUUGAAGUGGAGGCCCCGCCAAAGUUGACUGUGAAGUUGAGCCCUACUGCAGUGGAGGAUGACAGCAAGCUGUCUGCCAAGCCCCGGCUGCAGAGAGGAGGAAGCUCCGCCUCUUUACACAACAGUCUAAUGAGGAACAGCAUCUUCCAUCUGAUGAUCCACACACUCGAUCCUCUCAGUGAAGAAUUCGCUGACUCUGAGCUGGGGACUUAUGGCAAGCUAAAAUAUUAUCACUCAAUGACCGAGGAAGGAAAAUUUCGCGAGAAGGCGUCCGUCCUUCAAAAUAUUGCCAAAAAGAAGUGCCAAGUGGAGGACUCGAAUGGAGUUGCUGAUAAAAAUCUGCCAAACAGCUCAAGUGUGGAGGUGGACAUAACUCCACCGAUGAACGGCCCCGCUGGACAGGACGGAGAUACGGGUGAAGAGGAUGAUGAGGAAGAUCAGCCUCUGAGCCUGUCUUGGCCUGAGACGAAACGCAAGCGUUUCACGUAUCUCUUGAUCCUGCCCAUAGUCUUGCCUCUGUGGAUCACGCUGCCGGACGUCCGGAAGGCUCGUUCCAAGAAGUUUUUUCCCAUUACGUUCCUUGGAGCGAUUUGCUGGAUCGCGGGAUACUCCUAUCUGAUGGUGUGGUGGGCUCAUCAGGUUGGAGAGACUAUAGGAAUCACUGAGGAGAUCAUGGGACUGACGAUUUUGGCGGCGGGAACCUCCAUCCCUGAUCUGAUCACCAGUGUCAUUGUGGCCCGAAGGGGUCUGGGAGACAUGGCAGUGUCCAGCUCUGUGGGCUCCAACAUAUUUGACAUCACUGUGGGGUUACCGCUCCCAUGGCUGCUGUACUCCAUUAUAAACGGUAUGAGCCCGGUUCAGGUGAGUAGCAACGGUCUGUUCUGCGCCAUCGUGCUGCUCUUCAUAAUGCUGCUCUUCGUCAUCAUCUCCAUCGCCGCCUGUAAGUGGAAGAUGAGCAAACUGCUGGGCUUCAUCAUGUUCCUGCUCUACAUGGUCUUCCUGGUGGUCAGCGUCCUGCUGGAGGACAAGGUCAUCGUCUGCCCCAUCUCGGUCUGAUGACCCUUCCUGCUGACUUUAACUUACCUCCGUAGGCAUUUUUCCCAGCCUCCUUCACACUUCAUCUAAAACCCUGAGUUCAUGGGGUUUUACACACUUUAAUAUUAAUAUUUGUCUUGCUUUCCUGGAAAAUAUCGAAACAUCCUAAACAAAUAUCUAAACAAAGAGCAUCGCUGAACUGUACUUAAGAAGCAAAACUCUUUUUCAGAGAAAAUAUCUUGACUUAAGUUUUAUUUAUUUAUUUUUGUCUCAUUUUAAGCUCAAACUUCAUUAGAUAUACAAUUAGACUUUUCUUGAAAAAAUGAUUUGGCUGCAAUUAAUUAUAUAUAAAUAUGUAUUCUAAAAAAAAUUCUUACUUAGUGUCUUUGUUUUGUUUUCCAGUGCAAAUAUCUGAGCACUCUUAAAUUUAUUGAGAGUGGAAAUUUCUUAAGAAAAUUAAGUCUUGUUUUCUUCAAUGGGUGAAUUUCAUUUUGAAUGUCAGUGUUAUUUUAGUAUCAUUGACAAAUUAUUAUAUUUUUUAUUCAUAUUUUGAAUCAAUAUUUAAUUUUGCCUAAAGUUUGGGUAUUUUUUUAUUCAUCUUUAUUUUAGUUUUAGUUGUUUUAGUCCACCAAGUUAAACUAAAUUAAAAUAAAAAAGUUGCCUUGACAACAAGCCACAAUUAUAUAAUACUUUUACUUGAAUACUUGUGGCCCUGGAGCACAAAAGCAGUCUUAAGCAAUAGCCCAAAAAAUAUGUUAUGGGUCAAAAUUAUCGUUAGGAUAUUAAGAAAAGAUCAUGUUCCAAAGAGACAUUUUGUAACUUUCCUAUCGUAAAUAUUUAAAAAUGUAAUUUUUGAUUAGUAAUAUAUUCAUAUGGACAAAUUCAAAGGUGAUUUUUUUGCUCCCUCAGAUUCAAUAUUUUCAAAUAGUUGCAUCUCUGCCAGAUAUUGUCCGAUCUUAAUGAACCAUGCAUCAACGGAAAGCUAUUCAGCUUUCAGAUGUUUAAAUCUCAGUUUAUAAAAAUGUACACUUAAGACUGGUUUUGUGGUACAGGCUCACAUUUUAUUUAACCUUUAUAAUGUCAAAUAACAGAAAUGAUAGUGUUAUGGUUUUAGUUUUUCUUUCAGUUUCAGUUAGCUAUACUAACCCUGGUUCAUGCUAAAAGCAAUAAGUGUGGAAAGAAAAAUAAUCUUGUUUUCCCUUUGAUUUAUUAUUAAUUUAUUUUUAUUUGGCUACUGAUUCCAUGUUUUACUUUAACUUUGUUAUUAUUAUUUUUUUACAUUUGUAAAUAUAUUAAAUCUUGUUGCUCUUGAUUUAGAGAUGUUUAGGUCUGUAUUUGAUUUGUACUUGAAAACAUGGCAAAAUUACUAAGAAUUUUUCUUCUUCUAGAAAACAAGUAUUCAUUUAAUAAUAAUGUAAACUUUUUUGUGCACCACUCAUUGAAGUGCAGUUAGACUAGAGCUGUAACGGUGCACCAAACUGGCAUUGGUCGAUAACUCUUGUACAGAAUCCUUUGAACUGGAUGAGAUUCAUCGACACGGUGUUAAAACCUUUAUACAGGUUAUCGUGUUUUUCUUUUUUACUUUCAAACAACAUGCACCACAGCUGUGGUCAAAGCCAAAGGGCAAAGCGGAUGAAGCUCUGUGAUCAGAAAGAUUUUUGGUUGUGUUAAUCACUCUGUAGGGAGCGGUGAUGAUUUCUGCGCAGACAGACGCUGUGAUUACAGCAGGCAGCGUUUGCUCAUUUCUCAGUCUCUGCAGGCCGUUUGUUCACACUGUGAAUGUGCUGCACUGAUGAAUAAUCACUGGAUUGGAACAAUUAUUCUGUGAUAUGACAGAUAUAGUGUCCAAAAUUAUUUUUAUUUUGCGUGAGUUGAUGGCUAUUGUUCAUUGUUUUUAUUCUUUCUAUUAUGUUUAUAUGCUAAUAACAUAUUAAGGACAUGAAAAGAAAACCACAUUUCUUGUAAUAAAUAGAAGUAUGGUGAAUUCUGCAUGUUCGGUGAUUUCUAUAUGUUUGAAUAUUUAUUUAACCAAAUGGUACACAACAUCAAACUGGCCCUAAAACUGAGAAUCUGUGAACUGUUACUUCCCCAGCUUUAAAAAAAUCACAAAUGCUGGUUGAUGAUGUAUUUUAGAUGUUGAAUGUUGUUCAAACACCUCCUGAAAUAUUACGGCUCUUUGGUUUGGUUUGGUUUGGUUUAGCUUCAGAUCAUGGUGAAAGUACAUUUGUGAAAUGUAUUGGCAGCCACUUUAUUUGAAAUCGUGGCAAAUAAUAUCUUGAAGGUUGUUAUGGAUCCAGGGUGACACACGGGAAUGUUUAUUAAAAGAAAACACUGAUUAUGUAUAAGAUAUUAGAAAGAUAUGUAUAUUUUUAUUUACAUUUUGCAUGUAUGUCAAGAGGCCAAGUAGCCACAUACAGUUGAAUUUGAACAUACUGUUUACCUUUCAAUUAAUUUACAUUUUUAUAUAUAUCUUGUUCAUUUAAUAGCAGUUUAGAGGAAUUUGAGCUGCAGUAUUGAUUGUAAAAAAAAAAAAAAAAAAGAUAUUGCUGCCUCAUUCACACUGAAGGAGACUACAAUUAGCCUACUGCAUGCUGCUUCCCCAAUCGUUAUUAUUCACCCAUUUAUGGAAAAGUCAUGUUGAAUAAUAUUAUAAACACGAGGGAAAUGUAUAGUUGCUUAUAGUCUAUAGUUAAGUGUUGAAACUAGAAAUCAUUAGACAUAUAUAGCAUUGCCAGCUGCUCAAACCACGUGCAGUGAUUUCCCUCAAUAGUCUGCGUUCACACUACACGGAUUCGGAUUGAAACCAGAUCGGAGAUGAUAGAGAUGUGCUAGAAAAGACAUUUACGAGUAGGCAAUGCAUGCAUGAAAAUGUGUAGCCAAUCAAUUCAAGAUGUGCUCAUUGCUUUACUGUAAGAUUCAAAGACAACGUAUUUACUUAAUGAUUUGCGUAAAAUGUCCUUUGGUAACGAAUGAGUGUUAAUGUGCUAGCGCUGUCUAAACCUUUCCUAGAGAUGUAAAAACACACAUUUAUUAAGAGUAGCGCGAGCCAUGUUACACUAAUGGUGCUUUAGGACUCGAUCUUUGUAAUCUGUACAGACACACACUAACUAGUGGAGAACUCACUGAUCAAGAAGAUUCACAUACUGUACACUAGCAUGAAACCAAUAGUGAUUUUAUUUGUGGAGGCAGGCGUUUUAUUUGUGUUUUGAAGACAUUUUGGCGUGACAGAAACCUGAACGCAGCUGCUGUGUAUAUACCUGAGCAAACACUGCCCUCUAGUGUGUAGUAGGACUUUAUUUUUGUAGGAAGUUUCUAGGUGUAAACCUAGGCCUGUUGAUGCACCUUUUCUUAAUGAGCAGGCAAAGCAUGCACAAACUUAGAAAUGCUUCUCAAUCUCUUUUACUGUACUAAAUACUUAUAUUAUAGGGAAGAAAUGCAAUGUCCUUGUCAGUCCAAUCAUAUUUAUUCCUUCAGAAGAAGCUCUUAUCCAGAUUGCUGAAUGUGGGUUAUGUUUUAUUUUCAUUUCUCUGGUCCACGAAUGCAAUCUUGUAAGGCUUUAAUUAUUUUCUGAGCCGAUAUAGCUAACUAGAAGUGUAUUUUAACAGGUCUGGACUGAGCAAAGAAAUG